CUCGCCGGCGGGCUGCUGAAAGGGCGAACGCGAGCCGGAGGGAAUCGCCCCCCACCGGAUCCGACCCCUGGCCCCUCUUGCUCAGGAUUGCCGGUGGUGGUGGUGUCGCCGUCCGAGGUCUCAGGAGGAGCCUCGGGGUGGGAACCUCGGACUUCCACUGAGCAAGGGCCGUCCGCCUUCCCUGCAUCCAUUGCCAGGAGCUCCGCACGGAGCUCGGAGCUCUCGUGGACCUCCAGCGUCCCGACUAGCUUGACCUGCACGAGCCACAUAAACGUACUCCAUGGAGAAGCAGAAAGUGAAGCAAGACCUUCUCAUUGCUGUGAUGUGUGUAUUCUUGGUGCUCUUGAUUAUGCUCAUUGCUGGCUGCACCUUCCUUCACUACAAGCUGAUGACAGAAGAGAGUAUGCUGAAGAAAGACCUGCCGUCUUCCGCCAUCCAGGCACACUGCAAGGAAACGAAAAUUGUCCUAACUCUGCAGCCCAACCAGUUGGCUUCCUCCGAAGGCGAGCCGGCACUGCUGCCGUCUCGGCCGCCUGACCUACCGCCGGAAGACCCUGUGUCCCAUCCGCUGGGUGCUUUUCUACCAAACCAGAAGUCAGGUACCUUCUCCGUCUGCCACGUUUAUGGACGCCAUUCCUGUGAAAGCCUUCAUUCUGACGAGUCUGGGAGUCUUUACUCUGUCGAGCAUUUCCAGUGCUUAUACAGUUCCUCCAGGAGCGAGUCGAAGGAGUCCCUGGACAGCAUUGGCUCCCAGGAUGAGGAGCUUGAAAUAAAUAACGAAUCAGGGAGCAUCGUGCUGUACGCCAUUCACGACAUGUGAUGAAAGAGAUUGUUGCGUUUGCUCCAGAGAGAGGACGACCCGUCCCGGCCUUGCCAUCCUCAGUGGCUUAGAGCCACAGAUACGCUUCAGCACCUGUGGCCUGUUAAAACAGCCCCCGACUGAUGGCUUUGCCACAACCUCUGCCCCUCUCAAUCCCUCCACUUGGUGAAAUGGAGGUAACCUCAUUUCAUUUAUUUGCGUGUUUUUAAAAAAAAAAUUAACCAAACCCUAGCAAGAACCCAACCUACAAAAUUCCCCACAAAGAGAAUGAAAGAGGGAUCAAUCACUGUGACUUGAACUCAGAAACAAAUUUCUGACCUGGUAAAUUAAGGACUUAUUGGAGGAAUCAUUUUUUUAAAAAAACACACACACAAACAAAUAAAUCAAAAGUAAAUAAAAGUGGGAACAGCUAUUUAAUUUCAUGGAAAGUGGUGAUAGUAGCAAAAUGUUAUAUCUUUAUUUCUGCUCACAUCUGCGUAUCCCAUGGGUCAAAACGGCAUGGAAUUCAAUCCAUACCAGGGUACGUUGUCUAGAAUUUGGAUGGUCAAAUAUCUCAGCUUUCAUAAUCGAGAAAAAAGAUUCUAGUCCUCAUUGCUGUGGAGGUGCAGAAACUGCUUGCACAUUUUUAAGGUCAAAGCUCUGGCAUUCUGGAAGCAGAGCAUAAAUGACCUCUGGUAUACAUAACAAUCAAAUACGUGGUAGCAGUGGUAGCACUAUUUAUUUAGCACCAUCAAUAUGUCUGGCACAGAGUAUAUGAGAACAGAUCCCUGCCCUGAGUGGCUUACAAUCUAACAUUUGACAGGGCCGGGUUCAGUGUCUGGAGUCGUUAAGCAGCGCCUGCUGGACGCAUGGAUCCAUGUGGCCAAAUUAAUUUUAAAAAAUCAAAUGGACAAAUUGUGGGAGAUCCUGUGCAUAGAUUUCCUUGCAUCACAUCUAGUUUGACCCUUAGCAAUGAAGGGAUA